AUGCGGAUAUGGACUUCUCGCGAGAGGGCGUAUUCGGUUCCAAUUUGGAUCAAGUUGCACGCGCUUGACUUCAAAUCUUUGAGUGCCAAGGGCCUAAGUAAGAUAGGGAGCCUUGUGGGGAAGCCACUUAUGGUCGAUAAGAACACGGAGAAAAAGGUGGGACUAAAUUUUGCCAAGCUGUUAGUUGAAGUGAAAAUUGGUAGUGCACUGCCAGAUACGAUCUAUUUCCGGAAUGAGAGGGGGAAGGUGAUAGAGCAAAAGGUGAUGUAUGAUUGGAAACCAUCAGUGUGUUCCAUAUGUCAAAAGUAUGGGCAUACGGCUGAAAUUUGUAGAAGGAAUAAGGCGAAUGAGAAGAGACGAGGAAACCCAAAUCAAGGAAACCACCACAAAGGAGAGCGGCAAUGGAGUACACCGAUGGGGCCGAUCGGAAGUGCGGGGCAGCAAGUUAGGAGUAACCUACCCCAUCAAGGGAAAUGGAGAAAACAGGUAGGAAGGAGGGAACAUCAAGAUGCAAGCUUGGUUCUAGCUACCACAAGUGGAACAAAGAUAGUGCAGGUUGAAAAUUCGUUUCAGCCACUGGAGAAUGCUAGAAUGGAAAAUGAAGUGCAAGCCACGCAAGCUGGCCAGACUGAGGGGACAAAAAAUUACCCCUCAGGGCAUGGUUAA